GACCCUGGGCUCCGGGCUGGGACUGUGCGUGCUCCACGUGUGCUGCGAGGUUCGGGCCAUCUUCUGGCGCCAGGACACGCGGGACUCUCUGCAGCGCUCGGUGUGCGGCUUCAUCGUGCUGGGCUGGUGUCUCUUCGGCAUCUACGCGAGGCGCCUGGCAAGGAGACUCUUCAGCCACCCCGCCUUCUUCAGGGACAUCCGCAUGCACUCCAAGACCCUGCUGAAAAUCAACGUGGCGGCGCUGGCGGUGCUGGUAGGGGCGGUCUUUGUCGGUGUGAACGCUUACAGCGCCUGGCUGGAAGCGUCUCAGCCCGAAUGCGAGCCCCGCGGAGGCUCCCACGAGCUUUGCAUGGUACGCUUCGGCGUCCGUCUGCUCUUCUCCGCCUUGGCACUCCUCUGGAACGGACUCGUCUGCCUCGUCCUCGUCUCGGUGGCCAGGACUCACACCAUCGGCAUUCGAAGGUUCAUCAAGGAACUGGAAUCCGAUGCCGUCGCCCACGAGCGGCAGUACUCAAGACGCUUCCCGGGCUCCGUCAUCACUUCAGAGGACAUUUGUCAGGAGAGCAUCUGGAUUGAAAACAAUAUGCCGGGCGAUGGAGACAUUGGAAUUCGGUUUUCGGCUUAUCAGCGGGAAGAUCGCCCUCUACACAGCCCCGUGGCUGCUGGUCACUCUGUAAGCCAAUAG